AUGUGGGGCGCCAGGGCCCAGCAAUCGGGCCUGGGUGGGUUCGGGGCCAGCCUGCUGGCUGCUCUGCUCGGACUGAGCUUUCUGUCCCAGCAUGCCCGGGCCGCAGAACCCACCAACGUCACCAACCCUGCGAAUCAGACCACCCAGACCAUGAAGUCCACUCUCUCAGAGGUAUGUGGCAAGACCAAAUUCCAAGGGAAGAUCUAUGGUGGACAGAUUGCAGGGGCUGAGCGGUGGCCGUGGCAGGCCAGUCUGCGCUUAUAUGGCAGACACGUCUGUGGAGCGGUCCUCAUCGACAAAAACUGGGUAGCCAGCGCUGCCCACUGCUUCCAAAGGUCUCGAAACCCAGGUGACUACCAGGUCAUGCUAGGGUACACAGAUCUGAGGAGUCCCACCAGGUACAGCAAGCGGAUGGCAGUGCAGAAGGUCAUCAUCCACACCGACUACGACAGACUCCACCCCCAGGGAAGUGACAUUGUCCUGCUGCAGCUGCGUUCCUCUGUGGAGUACAGCUCUCACAUCCUCCCAGCCUGUGUCCCAGACAAAGGCAUAAAAAUCCCCAAAGAGAAGGCCUGCUGGACAAGUGGCUGGGGGCAUCUCAGAGAGGAUGUGCGAAUUCCCUUGCCUACUAAGCUGCAUGAAGCCGAGCUCAUCAUCAUGAACAAUGAGCAGUGCAAAGGGUUCUUCCCACCACCAGCUCCCGGAUCUGGUAGAACCUACUACAUAUAUGACGAUAUGGUGUGUGCUGCUGAUUAUAACAUGACCAAAUCCAUCUGCGCAGGAGAUUCUGGGGGGCCCCUUGUCUGCUUACUGGAAGAUUCCUGGUACGUGAUAGGACUGACCAGCUGGAGCGCGUCGUGCGAAGAACCACUUGUCACCCCCAGUGUCUUCGCCAGGGUCUCCUACUUCGAAAAGUGGAUUAAAGAAAACAAGAAAGCAUCAUCUAGCUCAAAGCCCCCUCACUCUCCUAAACCCCCUAACCAUUCUAAGCCCCCUCACCAGCAGAGACUCCCGGGGAAUCCAGACUCCCCUGAGAAUGAAAAUCCCCAGGAGAGCAACAAAGACCAAGGUGCUGUCGUCAAGCCAACAAUCUACACAGCCCUGGUGCUCUCCCAGGCCCUCCUGCAACAGCUGAUUUAG